UUUACUUUACUGUUUGUUUGUUUGUCCUUUGGCUGUCUGUGGGGUGGCAGUGAGGAGACGAGAUGAAUAUAUAGCCUGCGGCUGUGGGGUUGACUUGACUUAAGCAAUUAAGUUGAACUGAUCGAGGAGCUCUCAUUCAUUUCUUCUUCGAGGAUUUCUCUGCAAAAUUGAACAAGAUGAUUCCCCUUGGAGAUUUUUUUCUGAUCAGCGAUUUCAGUAAGUACAUGGAGAGGGAACACAAAUAUUCUCAACUUGAGAUUUCCGAAAAUAGUCACGAUGAAGAAGAUUUCCUUCCCGAUUUCAAAGAGCACAUGGAGAGGGAGCUCAAAUAUUCUCGACUUGAGACUUAUAAACCCGACCCUGGCUAUCAGCCUGCAGCAAGAUUUCGGUCUGACCUAGAAUGGGAAGGCAUUAGUUGGGUUUUCUGGAACCGACAAGACGACGACCUUACUCUCUCUUACGAUCAUUCUGUGGACUGGUUUAUUCCCUCUGUUUGUGAGAGUCACAAAGUUAGACUAAGUAUCAGACGUGCUCUCCAAAAAUUGAUAUUCUACCCCGAACUUCAGGAGUGCCUAGUUCAAUUUUGGGCACCCACAGAAACAAAGGAGGGGCGGACUUUGCUUACAACUCAAUACCAACCUUUUGCCCUUGGCAAAGCAGCAACGAGUACUGAAACAAAUCAGCUUUGUCAGUAUAGGAUGGGGAUGUGUAGGGAGUAUAAUAACUUCUUCUACGCAGAUGCAGAGAGUGGAGAAGAACAACUCGGGCUUCCCGGCCGUGUCUUCCUCAAUAAACUCCCCGAAUCCACUCCGGAAGUGAAGUGCUACUCUCGUAAGGAGUAUCCACAACGCGACCUCGCUUUACGUUGCGAGAUUAAAGGAUCUUGGGCUCUGCCCGUGUUUGAACAAUCCAGCCACACCUGUAUUGGGGUACUUGAGAUAGCGUGUCAAUAUAUUCCGACUAGACUUUGCUGUGACAGAGAAUUCCACGGCCGCAUGUAUGAUAUUUUUCAGGAGUUUGGUCUGCGAUGUUUUGAUGGACAUAAACACUACAAAAUGCAAUACCGGGACAAUAAUAAAGCUCUUACAGCUGCCUUUGAAGAACUCAACAUGGUGUUUGAAUACGUGUGUGAUGUUCUAAACCUCCCUAUGGGUUUGACAUGGGUCUCCUGCCGUUCUUUCAACGAUUUACUACAAAGCCAAUUCCAAUUCACGAUUGGCUCUCAUUGCGAAGACGAUUGUGAUGCAAUGAAUCUUGAUUAUUUCGCAGAAUUCAGUAAAGUUUGUCUCUUAAAAAAGGGGCAGGUUACUGGGAGAAUACUUCCAUUUCCUAACUUGUUAUACUGCUCGGACAUAAAGCAAUUCAGCAUAGCUGAGUCCCCGCUGGUACCCCAUGCCCGAUGGUGCGAAUUAGGUGGUUGGUUCACAAUAUGCUUGCAAAGUAGUUACACUGGAGAUGAAUUAUAUGUACUAGAGUUCUUUUUUCCUAAAAGCGUCGAAAACGAUGAGAAAAUAUUGACUAGAUUGAGCGUGAUAUUGAGAUUGAUGGAGAAUCAUUUCAAAACUUUUAAGCUUGCUUCUGGGCAAGGAUUGGGAGAAGCAUUAUCCGUAGAAGUUAUCGACUUUCAAUAUGGUCAGAGAAGUCAUUCCAUUCAAAUGAUCCCACCAGCAAGUAGUUUUAUUCCUAGUCUUGAACUCGAACAGGAUGGAGGAGUAAUGUUGCAGCAAGUUCAACAGGAUCAGCCAUCAAUGGAUGCCAUAAACAAUGGAAUGCAUGUCGUUAGUGAAACACAAAACUACAAUAUUCCUUGUCUUGAUUCCUUUAAGAAUGGAAAAGUGACGACACAACUAGAUUCAUCUGAUCAGCCGUCAAUGGAUCCUUCAAACAAUGGACAGAAUGUUGUCACUGCAGAACGAAACAUCCUUGUGGUUCCUAGUUCAAAAGAACGUAAAAGAAAGAUGCAAGAUAGAAAACAUAAAAAAGCUGGAGUUAGAAUUGAAGUUUCUUUAGAGGAGAUCCUCAAAUGUUCGAACAUGAAGCGUGAAGAUGCUGCGAGGGAACUCAAAGUUAGCAUAUCUACAUUUAAGCGUGUCUGUAGGGGUUAUGAUAUUCAUCGGUGGCCGCCUCGGAACAUAGAAAAUGCCAAUUCCUUUCGGCCCUCACCUGUUGAGAACCAGAGACAAAUCCCACAACUAAAUUCGGAUCUGCCUUCUUAUCAAGCCUUAGUUGGUGUUUCUCACAUAAAGCCAGGGUUCCAAGAUGCAAAUAUGGUGACCAUCAGGGCGAAAUAUGAAAAUAAUAAGAUAAAGUUUCGACUGCCUUUGUCAUCUCGAUUUGUAGAGUUGCAGCAAGAAGUGGCUAAAAGAUUGAACCUAGAGACUGGAACUUAUUAUGUCAAGUAUAAAGAUGAGGAAGAUGAGGAAGAUGGGUUGACUUUAAUAGCUUGCGACGAGGACUUACAAGAUUGUAUGCACACUUCUAGGUCUCUGGACAAAACUUCUGUAGUGGUAUUGCUUGAGCUUAAGCAGCCAAUUACCAACUUGAAUCCAGGACUUUCUGUUGUUCCCACUGUGCAUACUACGGGCGGGGUUUGGUUGGAUGCUCAUUUUUCAUACACACCAACUAUUGACGAGGAGGAGACAAUAAAUAAAUGUAUGCAAGAUGGUUCCUUUCGGGGAGAAUUUGUUGAUGGAUGCUGGAUUUCGAAUAUCACUGUCAUGGAGUAUAGCGAGAUGUUGGACCACUAUCUAACUCAUUGUCACUUUUUCGGCCCCAAUGUCAUUAAGAAUUUUAAGGAGAGUGGAAGAUUGCUCAAUACGAUAUUACUACCAAAGACCGAAAAGAUAUUCUUUCCAAUCCUCAGAGACAGACACUGGAUGCUGCUGGUAAUUGAUGUUAAGAAAAAAUAUUUCCUUUGGCUUGAUUCAAUGAGGUGUGAAAGGGAGGAGAAAUAUUCUGAAGACUUCGCCCAUUUCUUGAACCACGAGUUUGUGUUUAAAAGACUAACAGAACAGAAUGAGUGGCCAAUCAAAUAUCCGGAGAAUACUCCAAUCCAAGAUAAUGGAAAUGAUUGUGGCGUGUACAUGAUGGCAUACAUGAUUUCGCUCGCAGUUGGUGAUAAGCUACCCCAAUUUAGUCAGGCACAAGCGAAAAGAAUGCGCAGGACCAUAUGUCUUGAGCUCAAGAAAUGGGAUAUUAUACCUCAAUGUCCUCUGAUUGACUACAACUUCUUGUAUGUACAAGAACGUAAGAAAAAUGAGUUGAAUGAGAAAUUACACAAGGAAUCCACGGCUGCAUCGAGGGAUGAAGUGUUCCUAGUGUCCGAAACUUCACGUAAAGUGCGUGGAUCAAGUAGCUGAGCGGGGCAAGGAAGAAGUGAUACAAAAAAAAUGAUACGAGUAAUAUUACGGGUUCAAGAGAGCAGGGUGUAAG